AAUACGCUGAUGUCAUGAGAGUAAAGGAAGAAGCUGCCAUAUUGCAGUGAUACAGCGAGUUUAGCAGUUAGCCAGGGAAUUUUUGUUUACUUCACAAUGAUGCCUUUUCUGCAAAUGGUUGGAGACACGGAAAAAAUGAAAGAUUAUCAUUACACUGGGCCAGCAGAGCAUCGAUUCUCACCAUACACCUACAAUGGAGGGACUGUACUAGCUGUUGCAGGGGAAGACUUUGUCAUUGUAGCUUCAGACACCCGGCUGAGUGACGGCUACUCGAUCCUUAGCAGAGACACCACCAAAUGCUACAAGCUGUCAGACAAAACUGUCAUUGGCUGCUGUGGUUUCCAUGGUGACUGCCUGACUCUGACCAAAAUCAUUGAUGCAAGAAUAAAGAUGUACAAACACGCCCACAAUAAGACGAUGACCAGUGAAGCCAUUGCGGCUAUGUUGUCCACUAUCCUGUACAGCAGAAGGUUUUUCCCAUACUAUGUCUACAACAUAAUUGGAGGACUGGACAAAGAUGGCAAGGGAGCCGUAUAUAGCUUUGACCCAGUGGGUUCGUACCAGAGAGACAGCUACAAGGCUGCAGGAUCAGCCAGUGCAAUGCUACAACCACUACUCGACAACCAGAUUGGUUUUAAGAACAUGGAGGGUGUAGAAGAAGUUCCUCUGACUCAGGACAAGGCGAUUCAGCUGGUUAAAGAUGUCUACAUCUCAGCUGCCGAAAGGGAUGUCUACACUGGGGAUGCCCUUAAGAUCUGCAUCAUCACAAAAGAGGGGAUUGAAGAGCAGACAGUGCCGCUGAGGAAAGACUGAGGAGAGAAAGAAUGUUUCCCCUUUUCUCGCAAUUUCCAUAUUCAUUGUUCCAGUGGCCCCAAUACAUCAAAA